CAAAAUUCAAACACAGUUUUCUCUUAAGAACAGGAACAAGAACAAAAACAAGAAUCUGCACAGUACCAACGUUGUUAUCGCAACAUGUCUUGUUUCGUGGCAGUUCCUAAUUCCCCCGUUUUCUCUCUGUUUAACAACAACACCAACAACAAUAACUCUUCUUCCAUGGCAGAACCUCUCAUGCUUUCUCUUCCCAUUCCCUCCCCCACACCCUCUUGCUCCUCUCCACCUUCCUCUCCCCAGUUGAAGCGAAGAAGACCUGCAAAACUCGACAUUCCCGUCGCUUCUCUCGCAUUCACGCUCUCCACGGCGCCGGCGCCGUCUCCGGCCAUGGACGCCGUCGUCGAGGUCGACGGAAGCGGGUUUUCUGUCUUCUGCAGACGAGGAAGGAGGCCCCACAUGGAGGACCGUUACUCCGCUGCCGUUGAUCUUCGCGGUGAACCCAAGCAGGCUUUCUUCGGCAUAUUCGAUGGGCAUGGGGGCACAAAAGCUUCGGAAUUCGCUGCACAUAACUUAGAGAAGAAUGUGAUGGAUGAGGUGGUUAGAAGAGAUGAAAGUGACAUUGAGGAGGCAGUGAAACAUGGCUACCUCAACACAGAUUCUGAAUUCUUGAAGGAGGAUCUUCAUGGUGGCUCUUGCUGUGUGACAGCAUUGAUAUGGAAUGGCAACCUUGUCGUGUCUAACGUUGGGGAUUGUCGUGCUGUGAUUAGCAGAGGAGGGGUAGCAGAAGCCCUCACAUCUGAUCACAGGCCUUCAAGGGAAGAUGAAAGGGACAGAAUUGAAACUCAGGGUGGCUAUGUUGAUGUGUGCCGUGGUGUGUGGAGGAUCCAAGGGUCAUUGGCUGUUUCUAGGGGAAUUGGAGAUAGGAACCUGAAACAAUGGGUGAUAGCAGAACCUGAGACCAAAGUUCUUAAAAUUGAACCUCUGCAUGACUUGUUGAUCUUAGCUUCAGAUGGCUUAUGGGAAAAGGUUAGCAAUCAGGAAGCAGUGGAUAUUGCUGGUCCUUUUUGUGUAGGUAACAACAGACAACAACCUUUGCAGGCCUGUAAGAAGCUCGUAGAUUUAUCUGUGUCGCGAGGUUCUGUGGAUGAUAUAAGUGUUAUGAUCAUCAAGUUGCAAAACUAUGUUUGAAGUCUCAAUGCUACAAGAAGAAGGUUUUGGGAGGGUACGAGGGACUCCACCUUAGUUAAUUAGUUCUUCAUUCUUAGCCUUCAACACUCAGAAGAUGAUGAAUGUGAUCAUUAAGGUUACAGGGUUGAAGUUGGUAACCUCAAAGUAAGAGACUAAUCUGUAUAUAUCCGACGAAUGGCAGAGUUCGUUGAAGAUAUUAGCACUAACUUUUAGAAAUUUUUUGGUAGAAUGAUCUUCGAGCAAUGAACGUCUUUUUGAGUGUAUAAAAGGGUAUAACUUGUAUCCGAUUCUAUCUGCAAAUUAUGUUAUGUAUAUCAUUUAUGUCACAUCUUUGUACAAUUCAUGUUUAUAUACUUGAAGUUUUACUGUUCUUUCUGGGUACGUAGAAUGCAUAAUCGAAAACAAU